UAAUCACAGAAUCUGCACGCCUAUAUUGGCGAAGCCAUAUUGUUACAUGUAUUUUUUUUUUUAAUAUUUCCCCUCUAAACUGAAGAGUUCAUAUUCUGGAAGGAUUAUGUUGAUCACGUGGUUUUUCUUUAUAGAACGACGUCAUUGAAAGGAUGAUUUUUUUUCACCGAGUUGGUCCACGGAAGAUAACCGUGGGUAUCCGACGAUGUGGCUAUAGCUAAUCGUCGGGAUACCCGACAUAAGUCCUCUUAUCAGAAGGGACAGGAUUUAACAGUAUCAAUAAUAACAGCAGAUAAGCCGACAGGUGCCCCAUACAGCAACAGGCAAGUAAUCGUCACUUUCCGUCAAUCAACUGCGUGGAGGACGUAAAUAUGACUGUGGAGGUAGCUAUCCCGACUGUGAACAACAUCCUUGGGGAGGGACCACACUGGGACGAUCAGGAACAGAAACUCCUUUUCGUGGACAUACUGGCCAACAAAGUGUACAAAUGGGAUCCUGUCACAAACAAACUGGACAGCAUCACUUUAGAGGACACAAUUGGAGCCGUAGUUCCGUGUAAGAAGGGUGGCUACUUGGUGGGGCUUGGUCGGACAGUAGCCCAUUUGGAUUGGUCAUCUCAGAAAGUGACAAAGUUACAAGAAAUACCACUCAAUGGUACCAAAAAUAGGUUUAACGACGCCAAGUGUGACCCGGUUGGAAGGUUCUGGACAGGUAGUAUGGGCCACCAGAUCUCACAGAACCCUAACGUGUUUGAGCCUGAGAAAGGGGAGCUAUACUGCUAUGACACUGACGGGACCCUCCACAAACGAGUGGAGAAAGUGGGGAUCUCGAACGGCCUGGUAUGGACACAGGACAAUCGCACUAUGUAUUACAUAGACACGGUACCAGCCCAGGUCUACGGCUUCGACUACGACGUCCACAAUGGAACCAUCACAAACAGACGUGUUGUCAUUGACUACGAGAAUUAUGACGACGCUGACUCUAUGGGACACCCGGAUGGAAUGACAAGUGAUGUCGAUGGAAACCUUUGGAUCGCCAACUGGGGAUUCGGGAAAAUCAUUUGUUUUGAUCCUAAUUCAGGAAAGAAACUGAGGACGGUUCAAAUCCCGGCCAUGCGAACAACAUCAUGCUGUUUUGGCGGGAAGAAUUUGGAUGAAUUGUACGUCACGUGUGCUAAACAAGGAGCAACAGACGAAGAACUCGCAGCAUAUCCAAUGACAGGGUCAAUAUUUAGGGUCACGGGUUUGGGCACCAAAGGGCUUCCAGCCAAUGUAUAUGAAGGAUAACAGUUGUGACAAACUUCCAUCCACAAUCAAUCUCAGUUCCUGUUGUUAGAGUAAAACUGCAAUCUGAUUAAAAUAAUACUAGUAAUUUCCUCUCCUCUACGAUACACUACAAUAAAAGCAGUGUAUCGUAAAGGAGCGGAAAUAAAAAAAAAAAGUCUAUCUUUAAUUAGAUUGAGGAAAAACUGGGAAGUGUAAGAAAUUUAAAUACAAUGUACAUGUACAAGGUAAUAAAAACUAUUUCUCGCACACCUAUAUCGAAUUGUUAGCGGUCCUUUCACCAAAAUAAAACUUACUUAUAAGAUAUUA